AUGCCCAAUACCAAUUCUGAAUGUGAUCUUUCAGUAGUCCUGAGCGCCGUAGUAGUAUUUGGACUGCCGCUAGCACUUCUAAUACCUAAUUUCUCAAUAUGGGACGUAAUGCCGAAGAUUCGAGUACACAGAUUUCAUAUAUUGAGCCAGCACUUGUCAUGGAUGCAGAUUAAUGUAGCCAUCAUUGCAUUAGCGGCUUUAUUAUUCUGUUUUUACUUGGAAAUUCGAAAGCGAAUAUUAGACGACAUGGUUGAGGAGGUGCUAGCAGUAAGACAUGCGACGCUCACGACUGUGGGAAAGGAGAACGAGCGACAGGAGGCAACUAUGAAGGCAUGUGUCGAGUUGUUGGAUGCCUCUGCAGACCAUUAUGAGAAUUUGGUGUUACUCCAUGAUGAACUUCGAAAGCACGAUAAAACUAGACUUCAGCAUCCACCAACUACAGGACCUGAGUCUGGCAGUAUGUAG